AUGACGGUUGAAUCUCCCAAAGCUCGACUAUGGAUCGACGGCUGCUUCGACGGUUUUCAUUUUGCACACGCCAAUGCCGUCCGCCAAAGCAGGAAGUUUGGUGACUAUGUGAUUGUUGGCGUCCACUCGGAUCGCCUGAUUGAAAAAAAUAAGGGACCCACUCUAUUCGACGAACGCGAAAGGCGAGUUCAAUUGGGGAAAUCCUACCAGAGAGACCCUCAACAUUGGUUAUUCAGGUACGAUCUAAUUCGUGGAUGCCGGUGGGUAAAUGAAGUUGCAGAAGAUGUGCCAUAUAUCACAGACAUGGACUAUGUGGCCAAAUACAAUAUCGAUUACGUUUGCCAUGGAGAUGAUCCUGUGCUGGAUGCUGAUGGAAAGGAUUGCUACGAAAAUGCAAAGAAGGCGGGAAAAUAUAAGGAAUAUCCACGAACGACUGGUAUUUCUACCACGUCCUUGAUUGAUCGUAUAUUGCUUCCAGAAACUCGACUACUCGCACCCGAAGAGGCACUCUGGAAACUCAUCGAUGAUUUCGCAACAUCUUGUCCAGAACCUCCCCCAAUUAUUGAUCUCUCAGAUCCAAACAACCGACAUGAUACCUUGCCGCGAGAUAACCCUCGGGAUGUAAUCUACAUUGGUGCCUCUUGGGAUGUAUUUGGUGCCGGGCACGUAGAAUUACUCCGUCGGGCCCAUCAAACACGCAAAGACGCUUAUUUGAUUGUUGGAGUAUGGGGAGAACAGGCUACAUGGGAUGAAUGCGGCGAACGUCCAUUGCUGGAUACUUUGGAGCGGGUGCUGGCCGUUCUUCAAUGUCGAUACACUUCUGCGGUGAUAAUCGAUGCUCCUGUGGAGCCGACCGCAGCUUUCUUGUCUGAAGUAACUGCCAAGUUUGUCGUCAAUCCUGGACACAACUUUUCUAUUACCAACGACAUCCAGGUACUCCCGGUUUCGGUUCCCAAGUUACAGACUAUCAAUGAGCUGCGUGAACGACUCAAAGAUCGCAAGGAUUUAUACUCUGCGCGGCAGAAGAAGAAGCGUACAUAG